GGCACCGGCAGGCACCGGUCUGAUGCCGCAUCGGGUUGCAUUUUAGGGUCUGAUGAAAACGAGGUUUCCACUUCGACGACACACACCCGACCGUCCAGCUCGUUCAGCUGCAAGCGCAAAGCAUGGAAGCAGCGUCGGGCGAUACCGGAGGCGCCGACUGCCCGACGGACACGACGCAGUUGCUGGACCGCGUCAGUGCCCCCUGCCUGAAGGACGAGGCGACGCUGGGCUUCCUGCGCACCCACGGUCGCCUGUUCAUCCUGGUGCGCGGUCCUCCCGGUUCGGGCAAGAACAUCGUGGCCACCGAGCUGGAGGAACUGUACCCGGACUGCCGCUCCUACUGGUCCGACAAGCUUUUCAGCUCGCCCAUGGCCCCCGAGAGGAGCACGUUCAGCAUACGCGAGUCGCACGACCUCUGCCUCAGCAAAAUUGAGGGUUUCAUGAAGAAUGACGUGCCCGUGAUAAUAAACCGAAACACGAACGUCAUGGUGUGGGAGAUUGCCAAGUUUCUUGUGCUAGCAUCCAGAUACGGCUACACCGUCAUUCUGGUAGACAUGCCGCAUCAUUUCGUCUUGGAUCCCAAGGUUCUGACAGCAACGAACAACAAAGGCCUGGGUGAGUCCUACAUCACCCACAGGGUUAGGCAGUGGGAAGAGGUGCAUCCGUUUGCCACGGGUUGGUCGCCGAGACCGAGGGACGCGGCGAAGCUGCUGCAUCGGUACCGGCAGCUCAGGAAGAAGUUGCAGGAUGAAGAUCCUGCUCUGGCACCGAAAGACAUCGCCAGCAGCAACGUGUUCCCGUUCUGCCUGGCGAGGGUUUGUGCCUUUGGCCGAACCAGGCCGGAAAGCAAUUACUGCUGCAGCGAGAAGGUGAAAAAAGCUUACGGGAGGCACGACACCGUUCGUGUGUUCGGCUACGCCAUGACUCGCGGCUUCGUGUUCGCCAUGGCGGAGCUCACCGAGGACCAGGCGUCGCUUGUCAAAGGACACGACUCCGGCAGCGGCGCGGGCAAAGUCGAUGACGAGGAGGUGGAUGAUUUGGCGCAGCGCAUGUGCCUCAGUCUCAGCCCUUCCAACUGGGAGGACAUCUCCUGCAUCGUCGAUCUCGCAAAGUUUGCCGCCACAGAAGAACGCAGCGGGGACGCCGAGGAAGACGCCUUGCGCCGGGCUGAGGACAAGACUGAUCUCAAGGGCGCGCAUCCAUCGAGGAUCACCAUCAUGCCUUUGGGCUCAGUGGAUGGAACAGAGUACAGCUUCGCCCGAGCCGUCGGCGCACCGUGGACUUUGCUGGCUCAGAAGCUGCGCUCCUGGACUGCACCGGCAGCGGAGGAAGCCGCGAAGAAAGUCGGAGAUGUUCAGGUCUACGCAGCCGCGGAAUCCGGGGGCGAGGCCUGCUCCCUCCUGGUUGAUGACGAGACUGUCGAACUGGACGUUGUCUUCACGGGCUACUACCAGCCACACACGACCCCGCUGAGCCGGAACACCUGGUCCCUGACUCGAAACUUCGUUAGGGGGCGACCACGAGGCCGCAGAAGUUACGACCGCGACUUCUGAACAUGCUGCAUGUUCAAAACUGCGACCGUGCAGUGUUCCCGGUGUUCCUAUAAGCGUGUCACUGCGGAGUCUUCCAUUUACAGCUUGCACUAUAUUUUUUGUACCCGGGCUGCUGGCGCAGCCAGUGAAUUGUUGUUUUGCUUCAACUGUGUGCCAAAUAAAAAAGAAUGUAUUACUUU